UCAAGAAGGGGCCCUCCCUCUGCUGCCGGGGGCCCCCGCAGACACAACACAGGGGGGCCCCCAUGGGAGCCCCCAUGAGGGCCCUCAUGGGGGCCCCCAUGGGGGCCCCCAUCUUUCAAGCAGCAGAUAUAAGGGGGCCCCAACAAAAGAGGUGUCUCCAAAUGCUGAAUUUGUCUCUGUUCUUUCUGACUCUUCAGUUUCCUCAGGAUGUACACACAGACUAGACUGCGAGACAAGUGGUCCUCUUCUUUUUGCGAAGACAUCGCGGGGCUUUCAUUUUGCCCGCAUGCAGUUUGAAGCCCACACACUCAACAAAUUCUAUCUCGCCCUCGUACACGGACGCGUGCAGCAGCAGCAGCAGCAGGAAGAGCAGCAGCAGAAAGAGCAGCAGCAGCAGAGCGAGCUGCAGCAGCAGAACAAGCGGAUGGGGGAGCAGCAGAAAGAGCAGCAACAGAAACUUCAGGAGCAGCAGCACCAGCAGAACGAGCAACAGCAGCAGCAGCAGCAGCAGCAAAUGGAGCAGCAGCAACAAAUGUCGUGGGGGGGCCUCAAGCUGCUGCAGGGCUCCGAAGGAUUUUGGGGUGUCAGCGGCCCCAUAGAAACCCUCAAGGGGCCCCCCCCCCACAAUCAUAUCUUCAGCAUAUGCAGUCGAGUGUAUAGUCUCCUUUUAGUGAAGCUGCUGACGGGGAGGACCCAUCAAAUACGAAUUCAUUUGUCUACCAUGGGGCACCCCAUUGCUGCAGAUUAUAAGUACCAUAAAGGUCAGAAGCAGCAGCUGCUGCAGCACCUGCUGCUCGAUAGUGCAGCGCACCCCUGCUGUUGGUUUCUAUCUCUGAUGGUUGCGGUUUCUGCUGUUGCUGCUGCUGCCUCUGCUGUUGCUGCUGCUGCUGCUGCUGCUGUUGCUGUUGCUGCAGACCCUUCUUCGUAUUUGUUUGAUCUCUCCUGGUGUCCCCGUUUGUUUCUUCACUGUUGUUAUCUCGGCGUUGUACAGCAGCAAUUCAAAGGGGGGCCCCCUGGGGGCCCCUCAGUGGGGAGACAGGGGGCCCCUGGGGCCCCCCUUCAAAUGAGGGAUCUUGAGGUGUACAGCGAGCUGCCCUCUGAUCUGGCUGAAGCCCUGAGGUGUCUAGAGGUUGUCUCAGUCUGUGUUUAA